AAGAAUAUCCCGGUCUCAACCGGUUUCAACCGGUCCGUGGUUGGAAGCAUGAGCUUAGAGGAAGAGCCCACUUGCACGCAUUAAAACAUCUCUGCUCUCCAACAGUGUGUGCGAAUAGAAUCAGAAAUAAACACGAAACUCUUUUUACUUCGUGAUUAUGACCCGGAAUACUGCUCUAAAGUGUGACUCCGAGAAUCUGUGUUGUUAGCUUAGCUUAAAUUAGCCCGCAGACCAGAAUCUUCAUUGACUUUUCCAUUAGCACGCUACAUUGCUAUUAGCCUGGUAAAAGGGAGGCGGCUGUAAUCACUGAUCGCUAAAGAAAAAUAUACGUUUUUCUGGCUGAAGACAAGAAACUAUAGGCUGUGGUAAUCUGCGGAAAGCUUUUUAAUACACCGCCAAGAAUCGAUAAGUAUCCGUGUAACGGUGUUUUUAAAUUAGAGCUGUUGGUGUCAUCCAGUGAAGCUAACGUUAGCAUUUUAGCUAUCGAAGGUUAGGAGCAAACGUGUGUCAUGAGAUAACGUUUCAUCGCUUUGAGAGGAUUCAUAUUACUACAAGACACAUCUGAUAGGACAGUUAUUGUUUCCAAGGAAAGGACAGGACACCCAAGAAGCUCUAUGCCAGCCGAAAUGACGAUGUUGGCCGAUCACCCAGCCAGACAGCUGCUGGACUUCACUCAGAAGCUGGACAUCAACCUGCUGGAUAAUGUUGUCAACUCCAUGCACCAUGACAUUGGAUCACAGCAAAGAGUGGCCCAGGAAGUUCUCACAAACCUCAAGGACCACCCAGACGCCUGGACGAGGGUCGACACCAUCCUGGAGUUCUCCCAGAAUAUGAAAACAAAAUAUUACGCACUGCAGAUUCUGGAGACGGUCAUCAAAACACGCUGGAAAAUUCUUCCUAGAAAUCAGUGUGAAGGUAUCAAGAAGUAUGUUGUUGGGUUGAUCAUUAAGACUUCCUCUGAUCCUGCAAACAUGGAGAAAGAGGGAGUCUACAUUUCAAAACUCAACAUGAUCCUCGUACAGAUCCUGAAACAGGAAUGGCCCAAACACUGGCCGACUUUCAUCAGUGACAUCGUGGGUGCGAGUCGGACUAGCGAGAGCCUCUGUCAGAACAACAUGAUCAUCCUCAAGCUGCUCAGCGAGGAGGUCUUUGACUUCUCCAGCGGACAGAUGACCCAGGUGAAGGCCAAGCACCUCAAAGACAG